GGCGACCAGUGAAGAAGACGUUGUGUCGUUUCGAGGAGUUUGGGAGCUUUUGGUGUGCGGUAAAAGCCAAUUUGCCUCUUUACAAACUUCACCUUAUACAGAGUGAUAGAGUCAUGGAAGCUAACGAGUAUGAAAUUGUAGAGAGAUUAUGAACACUGCAAGUUUGGUGGUGAAUUCGGGGUUUGUUUAGGUGGUUUUUCAUUAAGUUUAUUUUAGGGAGUGAGUGAGAGAGAGGAAAGAGCAGAGUUUAGGGAUGGAAUUGUUUUCAACUGGUCCUCCGAUCAAGAGAAGAGCGGGGCUACGGAUUAAGCAGGCGGGUCGAGCUUCGUAUAGGGGCAGUUAGGGAGUGUUUUCUUUGUGUUUUUGUGGGUUUUGAACUUGUGUUUGUUAGUUUAAUUUGAGCGUGUUUGAGAUUGAGUGAGAGAGAAAGAGAGAGAGAGAGAGAGUUAAAGAAAGAGAGAUGGGGACUACUGCUCUGAGGCAGUUAUUGAAGAGCCUCUGCGGCAAUUCGCUUUGGAAUUACGGGGUCUUUUGGAAGCUGAAGCAUCAGACCGAUUUGAUUUUGAGAUGGGAGGAUGGGUACUGUCACCAACCGAAACCAAGAGGAACUAUGGAUCAUGCAACAGAUAAUAUCUUCUUCGGUGAGGUGAAUGAAAUAUCUUUUAAGAAGUGUGGAACAAGCAUACAUGAAGGUGGAUCUGCGGGAUAUUCAAUUGGACUUGCGGUGGCUGAUAUGUCACAUCUUCAGUACACAUUCGGAAAGGGGGUUGUCGGUGGGGUUGCAAGUACAGGAAACCAUAGCUGGGUGCUUCUCGAUGGUUUGCUCACCAGCGAAUCUGACUCUAACUUAGUUUCAGAUUGUCCAGAUGAAUGGUUGCUUCAGUUUGCAUUGGGUGUCAAGACAAUUCUGCUUGUACCUGUACUUCCACAUGGAGUUUUGCAAUUUGGCUCCAUGGAAACGGUUGCUGAAGAUCUGGCAGUAGUUGCUUUCAUGAAAGAUAGAUUCAAUGCUAUUCACAAUGUCAUGGGAAAAGCUGUAUCUUCUAACAUAGUUAGGAGCAUUCAAGCUCCAUAUUCUUGGUCACAAUCAUCUGGUUUAAUGGAGAACACAUAUGAGUCAUCAACUGUUGGCAUUAACCCACUGAAAGUUGAAAGGUCAGAAGAUUUUGGUGACAUCAGACAGAAUAACACGCUAUCGACUUUGGAGCAGUUUGUGCAACUGUCAACCAUUGAAAGUCCACUUUUUGGAAUAGAUCCAUCCGUUCUUAAGAAUUCAGGUGAAUUUGAGGUUGGUGGUAUGGCAGUAUGGUCCACUGGAGAACCAAAAACAGCCAAUCAGUCUUCAGACACUAGUCUGCUGGAUAUGCUGGAAAAUCAGAUAUUUGGGUUGUCUUGUCAGGAGGAAGAACAUGUUGCCUUAUCUCAGAAUGGCAGUUAUAGUUUUGGAGUUUUUGGAGAAUCCUUUGAUGGUUUCAAUUCUUACAUCGCUGGAAGUGAAGCAGAACAACUGUUCAAAUUCAAUAAUGAUACAGGUCACAACAAUAUUAAUAAUUUCUUUGAAUUUCCCGAAACUAGCGAGCUACACAAAGCACUUGGAACAUCUUUCCAGAGACAAACCGAUGAGCAGUUAUGGGAUUUAUCCAUCUCCAUUGAUGAUACAUGUAGCAGCUCUGGUGUGCAGAAAAAUCUUGUCAGCAGGACUAACCCACCAUGGUUUUCCAACGGAUGUGAUGCUGAGAACCUGUUGGAAGCUUCAUUAGCCAAAGAUGACACAUCAUCCAGCAUAUCUGAUGGUAUUAAAUCAUGUACAACCUCAACAAGACAAUAUUCCUCUUAUAAACAAUUGAAAUCAGAAGAGGGUGCCUUGAUGGAAUGUGAACCAGUGAUAUGGAGCCAUACAUCUGCUUUGCCUGGCAGGUGCAACACCUCAUCUUCUUUCACAGGCAUGAUGAACACUGUGGUUGACAAUCAGCAGGAAGAUAAACGAUGCAAUCCUACUCAGCCUAAAAAGGAACAAAAGUUGUCCAGCACCAAUCCAAGAAGGCCCAAACCUAGCAAUAGUCCGAAGCUAAGACCAAGAGAUAGACAACUGAUUCAGGAUCGUGUCAAGGAACUUCGAGAACUUGUACCAAAUGGUGCCAAGUGCAGCAUUGAUGGCCUAUUGGACCGAACAAUAAAACACAUGAUGUACUUAAGAAGCAUGACUGACCAGGCUGAGAAAUUGAAGUCCUAUGCACAUAAAGAUCAAGAGAGGCCUCAUUGCAAUAACACAAAUAAGACCCUAAGCGGUUCCUCAAAUGGGACAAGCAGGGCUUUUGAACUUGGGAGUGAACUCCAGACUAGUCCCAUUGUAGUAGAAGAUCUUGAACACCCAGGCCAUAUGCUCAUAGAGAUGCUAUGUGAUGAACACGGGCUCUUCCUAGAAAUCGCCCAAGCUAUAAGACGGUUGGAGUUGACAGUGUUGAAAGGCGUGCUGGAAACCCGCUCAAACAACUUGUGGGCACAUUUUGUUGUUGAGGUUCCCAGAGGUUUUCAUAGAAUGGAUGUGUUUUGGCCUCUUCUACAUCUACUGCAACGCAGAAAAAGUUCCCUAUCAAGCAAGAUCUGAAACUCUAUGGAAGACCAGAUAAUAAAGAUAAGACCAUGGAAAUAUCUAGUACAAUGUAUAUGAAUCACUACAAUUAAGUACUUAAUAAGUUUGUGUACAGACUGAGAGAUUUGUUUGUUAUUUGUUGUUUGAAGACUAUCAGCUUCUAAAAACUACCAACAAUAAUGGAAUACAAAGCUCUUAAGCACGUACUGAAAAG